AUGAAUGCAGUCUGAUGUGAAUAACAAGCAUAACAAGUUGACAAUUUGACAAAUGUUUUUCGAUUUGUUCAACUUUUUUAGUAACUUUAAAAGAAACGGAAUACAAAAAUGCCGUACGCAAAUCAACCGUCGGUUCAUAUUUCCGAUUUAACUGAGGAAAAUGUGAAAUUUCAAGUCGAAGAUACAGAAUUAAGCGUUGCAAAUAGUAUGAGGCGAGUUUUUAUCGCUGAAACUCCAACAAUGGCGAUAGACUGGAUUCAAAUUGAAGCGAAUUCCACAGUUUUGAGUGACGAAUUUCUCGCUCACAGAAUUGGAAUGAUUCCCUUAAUUAGUGAUGAGGUAGUGGAUCGAAUUCAGUACACGAGAGAUUGUCAGUGUAUGGAUUUUUGUCCCGACUGCAGUGUCGAGUUCACUCUGGACGUAAAGUGUUCAGAAGAUCAAACUCGUCAUGUGACUACUGCAGAUUUUAAAUCGAGUGACGCUCGAGUUCUUCCAGUUACAUCUCGACAUCGCGAGGACGAGGCGAGCGAAUACGGCGAAACUGAUGAAAUUCUGAUAAUUAAAUUGCGAAAAGGGCAAGAACUGAAACUCAGAGCCUAUGCGAAGAAAGGUUUUGGAAAAGAACAUGCAAAAUGGAAUCCAACUGCUGGAGUUUGUUUCGAAUACGACCCUGACAAUACUAUGAAGCAUACUUUGUAUCCAAAACCUGACGAGUGGCCAAAAUCUGAAUACAGCGAAUUAGAAGAAGACCAGUACGAGGCUCCUUUUAAUUGGGAAGCAAAGCCAAAUAAAUACUAUUUCAAUGUCGAAAGCAGUGGAGCUCUGAAACCCGAAAAUAUAGUGAUGAUGGGAAUCGCAGCUCUGAAAAAUAAAUUGUCCAACUUGCAAACCCAGUUGAGUCACGAAGUUAACAGCGACGCUCUCAGCAUUCACCAUUAGAUUUUUUAGUUUAAAUUUUAUACCACUUAGAGUAAGAAUUAUUUUAUCAUGUAACUAUAAUUUCCGAAGUAAAAUUUAAAUCAUCUUCGAAAA